AUGGAGGACCAACUUUCUGUUAAUAGUCCAAGGAGAACUCUGAGCUUCUCAAAGAAUAGAAAAGUCAUUGAAUCGUUUCCCUACCCAUCAAAAACAAGAAAUGACAAGAGUACUUCAGGGUUUGGUAUUUCUGGGGAGCAUGGUCCUAAGUCUUCAGAAGUUUAUGGUUUUGUUGGCUCCAUUUCCACUGUUGUAGCUACAGUUGUAUUCUUGGUGUGGGCAUUUGCUCCAGACAGUUGGUUGCACUCGGUUGGAAUCUCCUACUACCCAAGCAGGUAUUGGGCACUGGCGGUGCCAGCUUAUGUAACUGUGACUGUAGCGCUGGCAAUUGGAUUUUACGUUGGACUCAAUUUCAUGGCCACUCCACCCCCUACAUCUUUCAAUACAAUAUUCGAUUUAUCCAGUAGAGAACCAGUAAGCAGCAGCAUUGCUCUAACAGACAGUGAUGAGCUGCCUAUUGAACCUAUUUCUGAUAUUGCCAUCUACAAAAUUAACGACAUAAUGUUCAACAGUUGA